GGCAGCGCCGACUGGCGCUCAGGCGCUGGGCGGCGCUGCCACGGUUGGGCUGGGCUCCGGCUCCGGCUGCAGCUCCUGUGGGGGUGGGCCGCGGGGAUGACAGCAGCGGGGGUGGCAGCGGCUGCCGCUCGGGGCUGAGCGAGCGGCGAACGAGCUGGGGUGGGGGGGAAGAGGAGGAAGUGGAGCCGGAGCCAGGAGCUUCGGAGUCAGCCGCCGCGCCGAAGUCCGCCCCAUUUUGCAGAGCGAGCCGAGUCCGGACCUGGGAAGACUUCCCCGCGGGGCUCCGGCCGCGGCGGCUGCGAGCGUUCUCGCCUGCGCCUUGCCCUGCCCCGCCUGCCCCAGCCAGAGGUUCUGCGCCGGGACGCUCCCAGUCCCGCGAUCCCGGGCUUUGUGGCCGGGACGCCCUGAGCCCCCGACCCGAUUCAAGUGCACCUGGGCGGGACGCUCCUGGCCCACCAUACGGGUCCACGGUUGCGGGCUCGUUCCCAGCCUUUCUAUAGUGUGUGUCGGAGCCCUCCGCCCGACACUCGGGUUAAGGCAGGUGCCCAGCAGCCCCCCGGCUGAGUGCAAAGGGGCCCAGAAGUCCCCAGCGUCGGGCUCCCGAGACCUGAACCUUCAGCUGCCUUCGCCCCGGUGCUUCGGACUUGGGACUGUUUGAACGCCCAGGAAGCCCCGGCCCGGCUCCAGAGCCCCGUGAGGAGUCCCAGGCGGGCUGGGCAGUCGGACUGAGCCGGACCGAGCUGGUGCUGCGAGCCGAAGCUGCCACCUUUUCUGCCGCCUCGGACGAGGGGCUCAGCGCUUGCCCGGAAGAAGGGAGCACCGGGCUACCCCCUGGCGCGGCGCCGGCGAGAGCCGAGAGCUGCAGCUGUCCCAGGGAAGUGACAUCACCGCCUCUGUGGACAGGACAUCCUAAGGAGCCCCGGUCACAGCCACUGAUACCUUCUUCCAGAUUGAGAAACCAAGCAUCAGGGAAGAAUCCCGGAGGCCCCAGCCACAGAGCAAAGCUUGAAAGUGGUAACAGCCUAGAGGUCUCACAGCCGAUGAAUGGGUAAAAUGGUCUGUCCGUUCAACUGAGUGUCCUGCAGCCCCUGAGAAGGAAGGCAGCACUGACUCCCACUACGACAGGGAGCCGCCAGGGGCCUCCAUGGGCGCCUGAGGGCCGGGCGCCGGGGCGGCAGGCAAGAGCAUGGUGAGACACCAGCCGCUCCAGUACUAUGAGCCCCAGCUGUGCCUCUCCUGCCUCACGGGCAUCUACGGCUGCCGCUGGAAGCGCUACCAGCGGUCCCACGAUGACACCACGCCGUGGGAGCGCCUCUGGUUCCUGCUUCUCACCUUCACCUUUGGCCUCACACUCACCUGGCUGUACUUCUGGUGGGAGGCCCACAACGACUACGAUGAAUUCAACUGGUACCUCUACAACCGCAUGGGCUACUGGAGCGACUGGUCGGUGCCCAUCCUCGUGACCACCGCUGCCGCCUUCACCUACAUCGCGGGCCUCCUGGUCCUGGCACUAUGUCACAUCGCUGUGGGGCAGCAGAUGAACCUCCAUUGGCUGCACAAGAUAGGGCUGGUGGUCAUCCUGGUGUCCACAGUGGUAGCCAUGUCAGCCGUGGCCCAGCUGUGGGAGGACGAAUGGGAGGUGCUGCUCAUCUCCCUGCAGGGCACAGCACCAUUCCUGCACGUCGGGGCCCUGGCCGCCAUCACUGCACUCUCCUGGAUUGUGGCAGGACAGUUCGCCCGGGCAGAACGGACCUCCUCCCAGAUGGCCAUUCUCUGUACCUUCUUCGCCAUUGUGUUUGCCUUGUACCUGGCACCUCUCACCAUCUCCUCUCCCUGCAUCAUGGAGAAAAAGGACCUGGGCCCCAAGCCUGCCCUCAUCGGCCACCGCGGCGCCCCCAUGCUGGCCCCAGAGCACACGCUGAUGUCCUUCCGGAAGGCCCUGGAGCAGAAGCUGUAUGGGUUACAGGCUGAUGUCACCAUCAGCCUGGACGGCGUGCCCUUCCUCAUGCACGACAACACCCUACGUCGAACCACCAACGUGGAGCAGGAGUUCCCAGAGCUCGCCCGCAGACCCGCCUCCAUGCUCAACUGGACCAUCCUGCAGAGGCUCAAUGCUGGCCAGUGGUUCCUGAAGACGGACCCCUUCUGGACGGCCAGCUCCCUCUCGCCCUCCGACCACAGGGAGGCACAGAACCAGUCCAUCUGCAGCUUGGCAGAGCUCCUGGAGCUGGCCAAGGGCAACGCCACCCUGCUGCUCAACCUGCGAGAACCACCUCGUGAACACCCCUACCGCAACAGCUUCCUCAAUGCCACGCUGGACGCCCUGCUGCACUCUGGCUUCCCCCAGCACCAGGUCAUGUGGCUGCCCAACUGGCAGAGGCCCUUCGUGCGGAAGGUGGCUCCUGGUUUCCAGCAGACUUCAGGCUCCAAGGAAGCAGCCGCCAGCCUGCGGAGAGGCCACAUCCAGAGGCUGAACCUGCGCUACACUCAGGUGUCCCGCCAGGAGCUCAGGGACUAUGCGUCCUGGAACCUGAGUGUGAACCUCUACACGGUCAACGCGCCCUGGCUCUUCUCCCUGCUGUGGUGCGCGGGGGUCCCCUCCGUCACGUCCGACAACUCCCACACCCUGUCCCAGGUGCCUUCCCCGCUCUGGAUCAUGCCCCCUGAUGAGUACUGUCUCAUGUGGGUGACCGCGGACCUGAUCUCCUUCACGCUCAUCAUCGGCAUCUUCGUGCUCCAGAACUAUCACUUGAUCAGGUGGCGCCUGGGCGGCAUACGGAGCUACAACCCUGAGCAGAUCAUGCUGAGUGCUGCAGUACGUCGGACCAGCCGGGACGUCAGCAUCAUGAAGGAGAAGCUCAUCUUCUCAGAGAUCAGUGACGGCAUGGAGGUCUCCGAUGAGCUCUCUGGAUGCUCAGACCACAGUUACGACACGUACACCACCAGUGCUUCCACCCCUGCGGAUCACCGAAGGAGUGGCAGCCGCACCAAGACUCUCACGGACCGGAAUGGGCGUUAGCUGAAACCUUGUCUGUCUCAGCCUGAACCUAACGUGGAGAUCAGGGAACCCAUAAGAGCUGGCAGAAGCAUGUCUGCAUGGGGAGUGCACUGGGAGCUGGCUCCACCGCCUCCUCGUUGGCUCCAGCCCUCUGUCAGCCAUGGCCUCCCCUGGAGGGGGCUCUCCUCUCUCCUGAGGCCCACUUGGGUCAGAACUCCAACCUUGCAGAUGCCCCUGCAGGCCUGGGGCUCCUUCUGGAAAGUUUGGGGCCUGGGGCCUGGCCCUCCCCUGGAGGCCUUCCCUUAUAUCCUGAUCUGGAAGGUUGCUGAGUCACUGGACUAUGCCCUGGCCCCUGUGGCAGCUGAGAAUUUGGAUGUCCACAUGUCUAUGCUCAGAGGCAACUGACUUCUGCAUGUCUCCUGCCUUGAGGGCCUGGGCUAGGCCUCUGCCCCCAGCAGCUCAGUUCUUCAUGUCGGUCUCAAAAGCACAAGGAUUUUCAGCCCAGGUGGAAAGCCUGCUGCAGUGGUGGAGACACUCCUCCCCAACCAGCCUCAUACCACGACUGGCCCUGCCCUGGGAGAAGGACCGAGCCAAGUCCCCAGGAGCAGCUAGAAAUGGCCAGAAGAGUAGGAUUAAGGCUUUUACAAACCCUGACCUAAGUUUCCAGCAGGUCUCUAAGGCAGACAGGCACAGAGACCCAAGAGAUCCACAGACUGACACAACCUCAGGUUUCCGCAUCAGUGGCCACAGGGCAGUGGUACUUGGGAAGAGCGUUCUAGGCAUGGCCAACAGUGGGCAUGUGCCCAAGGAGGUCUACAGUGGAGCAAGCCUGAGGGCCUCGGCCAAUAUGAUUAAAGCUGCCAUCUUAACA